GUUGCUUUCUCUCCCCUCUUCCCCUCUUCCCAUCUUCCCCUCUCCCCCUCUCCCCCUCUUCCCCUCUUCCCCUCUUCCCAUCUUCCCCUCUUCCCAUCUUCCCCCUCUCCCCCUCUUCCCCUCUUCCCAUCCCCCUCUUCCCAUCUCCUGUCUCCCUCCAUCCAUCCAACAGACACCUGUGA